GAUGCACUCAUGAGUUGUAAUAAACUCGACGUUAUUACUGACGAACACUUCUCCAGAAAUUAGGUGUAAUCUCUGUUGCAAUUUGUGAUGAUUUGAAGUACAAGUUGUGGUGACUGACCAUCAAUUGGUACGAUAGGUAGUGACCAGUCAUAUCUCGUAUGUCUAUAUCUGGCCAAUGAUUGGACACUAUUUACUCAUUGAUUGUCACAAACGAUAACAACCAGUGAUUGACUGUUAUUAGUGUCAAAGCAUUCGUACAGUUAUUGACUGAAAUUUGUAGACAAUCUAAGUGUGAAUGUAAUAGAAAUCAUCAAUAAAUGAAAUUAUGUCAAAACGUGUUGUCGACAGACAGUCUUUAGCCGCAGACUUAAUGACCAAUAAAUUGCCGAAAAUGGAGCCCUUGGAUGAAGACAUGUUGGACGAGGAACUGCUUAAUGAUGAUGAAGAUGAUGACGACGAUGACGAAGACGAUGAAGACACUGAGGGCGUCAUUACCAUUGAGGGCAUCGAACUGGAGGCCAGUUGUGAACGCGUUAAGGAUUGUCUCAAACAAAACAAGAUUGAAGUCGAAGACAUCGAUGGCUAUGACUUCUAUUUACAAGACAUGCGCCUUGAAAAUGACAAAUCCAUUAUAUCUCAGUGUAAUUUAGUCGAAGGCGCUAAACAACAGACCCGACUCAUUAACAUUAAGCUGGCCUUUGAUCCCGACUAUAAACGGGUCAACAUUUUGGACAUUCUUAAGCCACCCGAUACUUCCAAAUCAGUGACCAAUUCCAGCAGUCAUUCAAACAAUAGUGGAAACAAUGGAUUCAAUUUGUCUAAUAAUAGUAAUCUAAACUCAACACAAAGUCAGUCAUCACAACAAAACAAGCAAUUUCUUCAACCGAAGCGACUCAUUGGUGGCAUUAAAAACAAUCACAACAAUGAGGGACAAGGAAUCCCAUCGCCUGGUAAUCGGUCCGGAAAUAAUGGACAAAUUCAGUUGUGGCAGUUUUUACUGGAACUGUUAACAGACGCCGAUCACAGAGAUUGUAUUCAAUGGAUUGGAAGUGAAGGUGAAUUCAAACUGAAUAAUCCUGAAGUAGUGGCACAGCUAUGGGGUCUCCGCAAGAAUAAACCGACGAUGAACUAUGAGAAGUUGUCGCGUGCGCUCAGGUAUUAUUACGACGGAGAUAUGAUAGCCAAAGUCCACGGAAAAAGGUUUGUCUAUAAGUUUGUCUGUGACCUCAAGUCACUCAUCGGAUACGAUGCACAAGAACUCGAUCGACUCGUAUGUCAAACACAAAACAAGAGGAUGUCUAGUGUUUAGAUUUCUAUAAAAUUAUUGAUUUUUUAUACCGUUUUGUAAAUUUUUGGAAAUUAUUAUUAUUAUUAUUAUUAU